UAGCUAUAGUCUUUUUGUGCUGUGUGAAAAUAUCUGCUCUUCAAACUGACUUCAUUGUUCACUGCGAAUACAGGAACAGAGGAAAAUGGGUUGUGGUCAUUUACUCAUCAUUACCAUUUUCCUCGUCAACGGCCAAAUCGUUUCCCUUGGGAGCGGAUUUGAUUAUAUAAGAAGUAUGGGCAGAGACGACCGUCAUCCACUGUGUGGUGAGAUAGGAACUGAAUCUAGCGCCCCCGAUCUUCAUCCGCCCCUCCACAGUUACACAAGACCCUCUGAUGUUUCCAUAUCCACUGAGGGGCAAUAUCGAUUUGCCGCAAUAUCUUCUGACACAGGGAACUGCGCACAAGUUGGCGUGGAAAUUAUGGGACGUCGACAAGGGUCCGUUGUGGACGCUACUAUCGCCACCAUUCUUUGUCAAUGUGUAGAAAACAGCCACAGCUGCGGUAUAGGAGGGGGCCAUUUCAUGACCAUAUAUAAUAGGGAAAAGAACACAGCUUACACAAUAAUUGCCCGUGAGAUGGCGCCAGGGGCAGCAUCGGAGGACAUGUUUGUACCCACGGAUAAAUCAUCAACUGAGGGCGGCCUAGCAAUUGGUAUUCCUGGGGAAAUCAAAGGUUUGUAUGAAGCUUGGAAAAUUGGCGGAAAACUUCCAUGGAAAGACCUCUUUCAGCCAACCAUCAAGAAGCUCCGUGAAGGAUGGAACGUGAGUGAACCAUUGGCAGUCGCCAUUGAAGAGCAGACGACAGUUCUUUUAAGAAAGGAUAAUUUAAGAUUAGCGUUAACAAACCCGCAGACUGGACGACCAUACAAGCAAGGGGAAACUAUCAAAAUGCCACUCCUGGCAGAAACAUUCGAGACAAUUGCAGAUGAUCCGCAUUCGCUGUAUAAUGGCUCCCUGGCUGAAGACGUCGUUGCGGACAUUCAGGAAGCGGGUGGGAUCAUUACUAAACAAGACUUACAGAGCUACGUGGCAGUAAUCAAAGAGCCCCUGGUGAUUAAACUGAACGACGAUUCUACCCUCUUCACGCCUCCACCGCCAUCUAGCGGCGCAGUGUACGCCAUGAUUCUUAACAUAGCCGACAAAUAUGGAUUUAACCCAGACAGUGUCUCGACCCCCAAAGAGUCAACGUUGACUUGGCAUAGAAUUGUGGAGGCCAUGAAAUUUGCGUUUGCAAAAAGAAGUGGUCUGGGGGACCCCGAUAUGGAGAGUCAGACCUUUAAAGAUGAGAUCGAUGAGCUUGUAAAAAACAUGACAUCAUCAAGUUUCGCCGAUUACAUUCGCUCUAAAAUCUCGGACACUGCAACGUUUGACACUUUGUAUUAUGGACCAACGUUUUACGACCAAUCAAGAACCGGAACAUCACAUUUAUCAGUUUUGGCGCCAAAUGGGGAUGCCGUUUCUUUAACUAGCACCAUUAAUUUAUUUUUUGGUUCAAAGGUUGUUGGAAAAAGAACAGGGAUAAUAUUUAACAACGAAAUGGACGAUUUUUCAACACCUAACACAGUGAACUCCUUCGGAGUUCCAGCUUCUGCUGCAAACUUCAUCAAGCCCGGGAAAAGACCUCUGUCCUCCAUGUGUCCCAGUAUAGUGGCGGACUCUGACGGACAUGUCACGUUAGUGGUGGGAGCUUCCGGCGGUACUAGAAUCACCACUUCCACAGCUUUAGUUAGCAUUGAAACCCUGUGGUUUAAGUACGGAAUAAAGAAAGCCAUAGACCACAAACGUCUUCAUCAUCAGCUGUUACCAGCCUACAUUACUGUUGAAGAAGGAUUUAAUCCUCAAGUUAUAAACGGAUUAAGACGGAUCGGCCACAACAUCACAAUGUCUGCCAGUGCUGGCUCUAUUGUUCAGGGUAUUCUGCAACUCGAGGAAGGCAAGAUAACCGCUAACGCAGACUACAGAAAAAGAGGAGUUUCGGAUGGAUACUAAAUCCUACUUUGUCGCUAUUAUUGCUAAAAUAUAAAAUAGUUUUGGUUUCUAUAAAAUUCUUUUUAAUAUUGUACGUGUAACGAUAAAUAAAAUUAAGUCUAUUUU